AUGAGCACAGCUACUGCGUGUCUUGCCUGCAAGAAACAGCAUCUCAAAUGCAUCUGGGGUCCACAAGUUGCUGGACGAGGUACACAGACAUGCCUUCGAUGCAUUUCGUUGGGCAAAAUUUGCGCCACAGCGCCUGUCUUUCGAUUCAAGCACUCAACUACGUCAUCACCAAAUCAAGUCUGGGUCCCUUCCUCAAGACGAUUCGGGCUUGUGGGCGCAGAUGGAGCCAGUACAGUAGGCAAAGACAGUCAUCGCGAUUAUGGCCCAAUCCCACAUGGUUCGACACUGGGAUUGGCCAACGUAGGAUCAGUACCGUACCCUUUGAUGGAGAACCAUGAAGUGAGAUUGAUGCAAUAUUAUUUGACUUACAUGUGCACAUGGUUCGAUCUUUGCGAUUCCAGACGCCACUUUGCCAACAUUGUGCCACCUCGAGCGGCGUCUUGUCCGACCCUCCUCAAUGCUAUUUUCGCCUUGUCCUCCAGACAUCUCAGCCUAAACGCGCAAUACGACCCCUACGCCUCCGAUCGGUAUCAUCAAGCCUGUCUCAGGCACUUGGCAACGAUCUCAAACGACUCCUCCGCCCUAAACGACGACAAUCUGCUCGCCGCGACUAUUCUUCUACGGACUCUCGAGGAACUGGACGUUCCCCUCAUCGGCACCGAUCACGAAGGUCACCUGUUGGGAAUACAGCUAUUUAUGAACACCUGCGAUUCUACAACGACCCCCAGCAGCCUCCGGUUAGCUUCGUUCUGGGUUGGUAUGAGACAGGAGGUAACGAUGAGCUUUGCAAGUCAAAGGCCUGUCAAAAUCAGGCUCGACCACGCAUUCAUGGACCGGUCUCUCUCUGAGGCCGAUGAUGAUACAUGGGCGAAUCGCAUUAUUGUCCACAGCGCAGAUGUUAUAAACUACUGUUUUGGAAACACCGGGCCAAAUAGACAUCACUAUCAGGAGCUAGUUGACUACGACCAAGCUUGGCUGCGAGCUCGGCCUGUGUCCUGGCUGCCCCUUGCCUAUAGUGCUUCUGACGAGGCCUUGGGCGAAGCCUUUCCACACAUCAUUUACUUAAACCACGCUGUCGUUAUUGGUCAAGUCCAUAGCAUAUUUGCUCGUAUUCUCCUCAUGUGCCAUGAUGACCGAGUACCACGAAUUGGACCAUCUGCUCAGCUAGCUCGCAAGCAAAUCGACGUAGGUUAA